GGGCGCUUGAGGCCGAGCGAGAGCGGUUUGACAAUGCACUGAAGAAAGAGCAACAGGAGCGAGUUUUUGAAAGGCAGCAAGUGCAGGAGAUGUUGCAUGGCAAGGUGGAUAACGAGAUAUUAGCCGCAUUGAGCAACAAAUUUGAGUGGCAUGAUGAUGCCAUCCAGGACCUCGAACAAUGGGCACUCGGAAAAGAUGCAGAAUAUCUUGACCGUAUCAGAGCACGCCAUUUGCUCACCGUAGCGCAAGAAAAGCUGGCAUUACAAGCAGGUCUGGCCACAGAUGUAAGAGGAGCUUCACUUAGUUGGAGAGAUGCGCUUGGGCCGCAGAAUGAACUCUACACGAGACUCGAUAAAGCUAGGUCCCUCCUUUUGGCGCCAACAGUCCAGUUAGACGAAAGAACGAAGGCGUUUACCCUUUCUGCUGCUGGCAUGAAACUCGUUACAGAAGUUCCUUCUGUCAUUCGAGCACGUGGCGAUUAUGCUGCUCACCCGAGGAAGAUAAUUCGUGGAGUAUUUCAACAAACAGUCGAUCGGCACCAAGAGAAGGAAGGUUUGCAGGUCGUUCUUGAUUUUGUUUGUGACGAUUAGCUUUUUCAUGCUACCCCCAUCUGUUUUCGUAUAUGCACAUUUCUCAUGUAUAAUUAACCGUACUGCAGGUUGAAGGCUAUCGUCUUGAUAUUGUAACCAUCCAUAGCUCAAACUU